AUGGUUGGCAAGCCGAAAUAUCCGCAUCCUGCCUCCGGCUGGCAGCCUUUCCAGGCUUUGAUCACUCGGCUUUACAGAGAAGAAAAUCGACCAUUGAAAGAGGUUAUGCAGAUCCUGGAAACCCAACAUGGCUUCAAGGCAACCGAGAAAAUGUACAAAUCGAGGAUCCGCGCUUGGCGUCUUGACAAAAAGAAUAAACGUACUGAGGUGCAAGAAAUUCUCCGCCUGCGGGAAAACAGGAAGUUGCUUGGAAAGAAAUCCGCUUUUAUUCUUCGAGACCGUCCUGUCGAUAUGGACGACGUCGAACGGUACGUGAAGCGAACUGGGCUCCUUGUCCAGCAGGCGGAGCCUAUGUCUUCCGGAUCAAGUCCGCUACCAGACCUCAUUUGCUUCACGCCGCCACCCACGCCGCACCCCUUGAGUGCGCCUGCAUCACUGCGAAACGUCGAAUGGUUUAUGCAUUCCUUAGAGGCGUUUGUUGAGCACUCUCUUCAAUCAGGAAUCUGGAAACGUGGCAAUGAUAUCAUGGGAUUGGCGUCCAUAUCCAGUGAUCACGCUCCCUGGUUGCGAAACGAAUUCGUCAUGUCGAUAGAAAGAGGGAUUCAAAGGUACAACCUUGGACACAAAAUACAAGCAUGCCGGCAGUGGCAGCGGGCACUGUCCUCCUUGAAACAUAUUGUGCGUUCCGGGAAUCCCUCUCAGCUACUAAAACUUGUCGAGCUUAUUGCAUAUUUGGCGGGAUGUCAAGACAGGAUUGCAGCUCUGUUACUGCGCAAACUGGCUGACCUCGUCAAGGGGCACCACCAAGCCUCUGCCGACACUCGUUUGUGGAUGCUUCAAAACCUCAGUCGAAUUGAAGCGAAAGACGUGAUACAUUUACGCGAAAUAUCGUACGACUUUUCUCAAAAGGCCUUUUCCAGCUACUUUUCUCGGGACGCAUUCUUUCUUCUCGAUACUGAAACUGUCCUAUCGCAAACAGACGCUCCGCCAGGACUGGACCCCGCCUUUGGUAGCUCCAGAUUGACCAAUUUACUCUCCGAAUGGAAAACUUAUGAUGCCGAAGCUCUCCGAGGUGCAAGAAGCGCGAUGGAAAUUUUAAUGGCCUUGAAACAAUAUGAAGCAGCGGAAAGAUUUGCGUUGAUGCACAUUGAACGGCUGCAAGGAAUGGCGUACAGCGAUGUAGUAGCGGGCCAGUUUUCGCACACGUACAGUUAUCUGACCCACCUUUAUCUGAGAGCGGACAACCUUAACCUCCAAAGGGCCUAUCACUUCACUCGUAUGAAGGUCGAGAACUAUUUCGAGAUGUUGAUGGUUUACAGGCCGGAUAUACCUGAGGAUUUCAUCCUUCCCUCCUUUGCCUUAUUGGCCAACUUGGCGCGUUCACUCUGCAGGGACAAGGAAGCGGCGGAAUGGGAGUGCGAAUACACCAUUCUCAGGAGAAGAACUGAUGCGUUGACCAUGAGCGAGCUCUCGCCGUUUUGGAAGCAAGCUGCGCUCGGCCUGGAAGACCAGGACGGACAGUCUGAUGUGGCAUGGGCACUGGCUCCGUCCCCCUCCAUUAUGCUCCCGGAGAUCUUCGUGGAGGACCGUCGCGGGUGCCAGGGCCAUAAAAUCCACGGGCAAAGAGACCCUGCCAACGCCGAAGAACAAGAGCGUAAUAUCAACGCAACUUUCAAGGCCGACUGGGGAAAGGACAGCGGCAACAGCAACAGCGGCCACCGCAGGCCUCGGAUGGCCGCGACACCAACCAACGACACCCUCACGACGUCGACAAGUUCCGACCACAUACGAGACCAGUUCGAGAGCACCAAUAUGCCCAUGCGCAUGGAUUGCUCCUCAGACGGAGACCUGUCAAGGUGGCAUGAGCAUACAUGCUACCACCAGCCGACCCGGUAG